UCGACUACUAAUGUCUGUCUGCCGAGGCGACGCGGAUACAGACGUCAUAUUUAGUCGCCAACAGGGUCAAGGCUGCUGCUGCUGUACGUUAUUGUUGUUAUUGUUGUUGUUGAACAAGAAGACAACAUGUCUACCGCGAUGAACUUCGGGUCGAAGAGUUUCAAACCUCGGCCUCCCGACAAGGGCUCGUUCCCUCUGGACCAUUUGGGAGAGUGUAAAGCCUUCAAGGAGCAGUUCAUGAAGUGCCUGAGAGACAACAGCUUCGACAACUCCAUGUGCCGACUGCAGUCUAAGGAGUACCUGGAAUGCCGCAUGGACCAUCAGCUGAUGACCAAGGAACCUCUGGAGAAACUGGGAUUCAAGGACCUGAUGGAUCCUCCUCCCAGCCAGGCAGACACAGACACUAAACCCUGAGCCACCACAGCCGCUGUUUCAGAAAUGCAAGGGUGGUGUUUUGCUGUGAACUCGACGCAUCGAGCGGUUUACUGUUAAUAAGGUGACAACGCGAGACUGCUGUGAGUGUGGCGCUGAGAGGAAUAGCUUCAAAGACUUUAAGACGGAGAGAAGAGGACAUUGUGGUUUGCAUUGUGGCCUUAGUUUGAGGUUACAGGGCUCCAAAAUAAUUGUAUCAGGCAGUGUAUAUAAGAUAAAAUGUAUAAUAUAUAAAGAUGCUAUUUUGGCAUGUCAAUAAAUAUUUUGUAUUUAAACUAAA